AUGCGACAUGUAGACCUCCCUCACAUCAUCACCUCCUUUCCGCCUCCGCCUCCGCCUCCCAUCCUCUCUCGCCCUUCGACGGAUCCAGACUUUUACACGGAUUCCUGGAGCAUCAACGAACCGCUCGACGGGCCGCGCAGCAUGGAUACUGCAGAUCUUCCUUCCACCUCCCUGUGGCGUCCCAUUUCUCCCGGAUUCCCAACAGCUCCAGGAGCGCACAUUGACACGGACUUGUGGACUGGGAUUGAGCCAUUCAUUGGGCCACAGACCAGCCCAGUCAGGAUGCCCACAUUCUCGAUAUCGGACGCCACACCUGCUCGUCAUAGCGUGCAGCGAGUUGAGGACGGAUCCUACAUAGCAUUUGCCGUCGAUGAUGACAUGAUUGCCGAGUCUGAGCUCGCGGAUUCGGUGUUGGCGUCGCCUUUGGGUGCUUUGGGGCCUCGCCGUUAUGUCGGCCUCGUCGAACAAUCAUGCCUGUACAAUGUCGACGGCAAGUGGAUCGAAGUCCUUGAUGUUUACUUUGUUUGCCACGGGCCCCCUCCUGUGGCCGGUGCGGAGAACCACUACUUGUUGAUUGGUCCAUUUAACAGGCAUAUCUCGCCUGAGACCGCUCUCGAAACCGAACAGAUGGUACCGUGGGUAGAUUGUGUUCAAUGCGCUACCCUCGGAAUACGACUGGUCGUAGAGUCAUUUCACGAGUCCGGGCUGAAAUUCAAGUUGAGGGACGAGAGCUUCUUCAUGUUCGAGAAACAAGCGGCAGAACACCUGGUUGAUUUGAAGAACACGCUUGCUAACGGCCUGCAGUCUGAGGAGACGAACAAUACCCGAAAGCUCAUGCUCUCAGAUUAUGCCGUUCCCGCCACGAUCUGGCGCGACGUCCGGUUUCCAGACCAGAAGGACGUUCCUUCGCACGGUGAUAAUUUCCUGUACAUGGGGACGGAACGUAUUGAGAGUAAAGAUGAAGAGCACGACGAAUGCCCGGAGUGA